AUGAGGAAAAAGCUCUUGAUUAUGAUCAAUCUUCUCUCUUUGGGGAGUCUGCUGACCAUUCUUAUCUGGUACACGUUCGAGGACAGAUUACAGCUGAGGCUUAAUUGCAAUGGAUCCAACAAUGCCAUUGUCACUCAGGAAAACACUCCGGUGGGAUCUAAGAUUGUUUGUGACAAGGACAGAACUGUCAUUCCUGUGACUCCAGAGCUUUUCAAUAUCUUAAUAAAAGAGAAUCCUUUCUCAAAAAAGAGAUGGGACACUUGUUCAGUUGUUGGGAACGGUGGGAUUCUGACAAACAGCGGCUGUGGAAAAAUGAUUGAUUCAGCUGAUUUUGUUAUUAGGUGCAACCUUCCUCCUCUGGAAAAUGAAUUUAAGAGUGAUGUUGGCAUGAAGACUAACCUUGUGACAGCAAACCCAAGCAUCUUAACAAAGAAGUAUGGGUCACUGAUGGCACGUCGACGGGCGUUUGUAGAUAGUCUCCACCAGUAUGGCAACUCCCUGCUCCUCUUUCCUUGCUUCUCUUUUGGUGCUUACCGUGCAGUGUGUCAGCGGGCUGUGUAUGCCAUUGAAGACAUGGAAAUUCCUAUCCAACCAAUCUUCACAAACCCUCAAUACUUGCAAAGUAUGGACAAAUUCUGGAAAUCUCAGGGGGUAAAUGGACAUCGGCCUAGCACUGGAGCAUAUAUGAUUAGUCUGGCUUUGGAAUUAUGUGAAACUGUUCAUCUUUAUGGAUUCUGGCCAUUUAGUAAUCAUCCAUAUAAGCUCUUUCCCCUGACUAACCACUACUAUGAUAAUGUACCCUAUGAUAGUAGAGUCCAUGCAAUGCCAGAUGAGUUUUACUACUGGGUGCAACUGCACAACAAGGGCAUUCUCAAGCUUCAUCUUGAAGACUGUAAAUCAGGUCAGGUCUAG